AUGUUGAGAUCUAUCGCUAGAUCCCCGCUACUGAAGAGAUCUAUUGCCACUCAGGCGGCUCCAAAGGCCGAAAUCACUGAGCUAUCCAACGGGCUAGUGGUGGCCACUGAGCCUAACAGCAACGCCGGCAGCGCGUCUGUGGGUAUUGUGUUUGGCUCUGGUGCCGCUGCGGAAAACCCAUACAACAACGGUGUGUCGCACGUGCUGUCGUCGGCGUUCAAGAGCAUUAACGGCGCUGCGGCCGCGAAGGAGGGUUUCUCGCUGUCUACUGCGGUGGAGCGCGACUUCCAGUCGUACAUUCUGGACACGGAGGCGGCUAAUGCAGGUCGCGCGCUGGACUUCCUGCAGAGCAAGUUGUUCGCGCCAGUGUCGGACGGAGCGUUCGCUAGCGUGCGCGAUGCGACGCUAAAGCGUGUCGCUGCGUUUGAGGAGCAGGAGCAUGCCGAGCGGGUGCUAGAGCACCUGCAUGCCACUGCGUUCCAGAACACCCCCCUCUCUUUGCCUAAGAGAGGUACCGUUGAGUCCAUCGAGACCUUGGAGAAGAGCGAUAUGGAGUCCUUUGCAAAGAGCCACUUUGUUGCGUCCAAUGCCGUGGUUGUUGGCUCCGGUAAUAUCUCGCAUGAGGCUCUGGUCAAGGCUGUUGAGUCCCAGCUAUCUUUGGCCGGCGGCUCUAAGCCAGUUUCCAAGAAGGUGUCCAGCUUCUUGGGCUCUGAGAUCAGACUAAGAGAUGACACUCUACCAAAGGCGUGGAUCUCCAUUGCUGCCGAGGGUGAGCCAAUCUCUUCUCCAAACUACUACGUUGCCAAGGUAGCGGCCCAGAUAUUCGGCUCGUACGUCGCAUCCGAGCCAGCCUCCAACUUGCAGGGCGUGAAGUUGUUGGACACCGUAAAGGAGUACCACCUUGCUGACAGCUUCAACCACUUCUCCCUAUCGUACAAGGAUGCUGGUUUGUGGGGGUUCUCCACUGAGAUCUCCAACAUCCACCAGAUUGACGACCUAAUGCAUUUUGCAUUGAAGGAGUGGAACAGGCUCUCUGUUUCCAUCACCGAGACCGAGGUUGCCCGUGGUAAGGCCUUGUUGAAGUUGAACCUGGCCACUGCUGCUUCUAGCAACGCUGCUGCCGCCACUGCAUUGGGUGCGCAGACCCUGGCUACUGGUAGCAAGCUAGCCCUAACGGAGGUCUUCGCUAAGAUUGACGCUAUUACCGCCAAGGACGUUAAAAAGUGGGCUAAUGAGAGACUAUGGGAUCAGGACAUUGCCAUCGCCGGUACCGGCCAGAUCGAGGGCUUGUUGGACUACAUGAGAAUGAGGAACGACAUGUCUAUGAUGAGAUGGUAA